AUGUUAAAGUUUAUUUGUUUAUUUAUUUAGUGUUUUGUUAGCCUAUAAAUUUUUUUAAUUUAUCAUUAAAAAGUAAUAACAAUAAAUUGGUAGAAAUUAAUCACUUAAAAAGUAUAUUAUAUUUGGCACUAUUUAUAUUAAUUAAGGAAGAUUUUAAGUUAAAAUAUCAGCAUAAUACAAAUGGGUAUUGAUGAAAAAAUUUAUGAUCUGUUAGUCAAAACUGAAAUGCCUAGAAAUAUUGAUGACGCAGAUACUCUAAACACCUACUUUUCUAAUCUAAAUUUUUUUAGCAAAUUAAUGGACUCCUUUGGUUAAGAGCACAAAGACUUAGUUGUUUCUAGUAUUUGGCGUACUAUUAGGUUUUAAAAAUUUAAAUAAAAUGAAGUGGUAUUUAAAGAAGGUGAUAAAUCUAAUGGUAAAAUGUUUGUAAUUAUCUCAGGAGAAGUAUGUGUGGCAAUAAAAAAAAAGAUAAAUGUUUUUGAAGAAGAAAAUAAGAAGUAAUAAAAAGAGGAACAGGAAAAAAGAAAAUAAACUGAUGAAUCUUAAAAAUCAAUAGAUUAAAAUAUUUCUAAGGAGCUUAUAGCUAACAUAACUAUUGAAGAUAAUGAUGAUUUAGAUAAUGAUUAAAAUAAUUAAGAGGAUGAUGAAAGUAGUUCAAUUAAAAGCCCUGCACUUUAGCAUUUAAGAACUAAAAUUUUGCAUAAAAAUUCAAGUAUAAUGAGUAACAAACUCAAUAAGUCAAUAAGCAGUCCUAAAGCAAGUACAAUCAAAUCAAAAAUAAAGAGAGAUAUGUCUAUAUGUAUAGAUAUUAGCUAACUAGGAGAUGUUGUUGCUAAAUUAGGAACAGGCUUUUCUUUUGGAGAAAAAGCAAUUAUGGAAGAAGGAGGUAUCCGUAUGGCCUCUAUUUACGCGAACUAAGAUACGGAAGCGUUAGUCAUAAUGAGAGAAGAUUUUUUAUUUAUUAAAAAAAUGAUCGAAUAAGCAAAGAGAGAUAAAAUUUUCCUAAUAAAAUAAACAAUACCUGGAAUAUCUAAUGUUAGUUCAUGGUAAAUUUUAGAACAACUUGCUUAUGUUUUUUAAGAAUAAAAAUUUUUAAAAAACGAUUAUUUAUCAAUUUAAGGAGAAGCCACAAAUACUAUUUAUAUUUUAGUAAAUGGGAAAUUAGAAAUUAGUUCUUAGGUAUAGUUAGAAAUAGAAGAUCCAAAUUAAAAAUAUAUGACUAAAUUCAACAAAAAUAUCUCUCCUCCAAUAGAUUAAAAAUAGCUAAGCAAUAAUUCAAAUAGUCUCUCUACAGAUAAAGUAGACAGUAAGUAAAUGGUAUUUAAAGAAAGUAUUGAAUUAAAAAUAUGUGAUAUUGAUACUCCUUAAUUUGUUUGUGAGGAUAUACUUACUUAGAAAUACUAAUAAUAUAAUGUAAAGGUAGUAAGCAGCAAAGCAUUAUGCUAUGUAAUAACUAAAAAGUUAUUUUAACAAAAAUUUCCAAGAGAAUCAGUUGAAAUGGUAAAGUAAAUGUUUUAGAAUAAACUCAAAAGAAGAUAAGAGAUGAUUAACUAAUAGAUAUUUAAGUAUUAAGAUUAAUUUAAAUAAGUUGAGAGGAAAGAGUCUCUCAAUUACGAUAAUUAAUAAUUUAAGUAGAGAUUUAAGAAAUAAUACUUGAAUAAAGUUUAUAAUGAAAGUCUUUUAAAAAUGAAUAUAAAUUAUGUACCCAAGAAUAAGAAGGAAAUUAUAUAUUAAUAUGAAAAAUCAGAAGAAGAAAGACAGUAAGAAAAGAAUGACAUGUUUUAAAAGUAUUAGUAAGCAAAGAGUUUUAUGCAAAAUAAAUAUUAGUUGGGUUAAAAUUUACAAAACAUUCAAGAAUUCGUAUAGGAUGAAAACAUGCACAUGGAAUACAUGAACAUUAUGAAUUUAAUGAAAAAAAAUUUUUCAGAUUUUUUGAUAGAUUACACAAAAAAAUUUAUAGAUUAAAAUUGUAUAAUUACCUACAAAUAGAAGUAGUCAAUAAAUAACCACUAAAAACUAUACUUUUAGAAGCAGCAAACUCAAACUAUUUCCACUUUGGAUGAGGUAAAUCUUUCUCAAAAGUUAUAAUUAAGUGAUUUCAGUAGGAAAGUUUCAAUUUUAGGAUCUGAUCCAAAUAGUAUUGCAGAUAAAAAAAUGUCUAGAUAUUCAUUAAUAUCGAUGAGUCCAAGCUCACCAAGUUAAAAAAAUAGAGACAGAGAUGCAAUUAAUUCUUUUUCAAGUUACAAUUCCAUCAAUGUUUUACAUUUGAACAAACAGUCAAGUUUCAAAAGAGACUCAAUUCGCAGUGAAUAUGCUUAACAGGAUCAAAAAUCUAGCUAAUUCAGCAUGAUAACUGACUUAAAAAAACUUGGUGAAGAAUAGGUUGAAGAUAGCAUUGCAGUCAAAUAAAUCCAAAAUUUGUCAGAAAAAUAUGAAAACACAAUUAACGAAGCUCAAGUAGAUUAAGUCCAAGAGAAGCUAUGUGAAAGUUAAAAGUAAACUAGUUAACAUUCUCCAAAAUUGAAUAAAUAUAGGCAAUCAAAGGAUAGCCAAUUAUCUCAAUCUCCUAAUGCGAGACAAAGCAGAUUCAAGAAUAAUAUUUUAAUAAGCAUACCUAAUUUAAUGAAAACUUAUAGUGAAGAUAACAUUCCAGAAAUAACAGACAAACAAUCCAGUAUGAAAAAAAUGAUUUCGUCAUCAAAUUCAUCUCCAAAGGCAGGAUAAAAAGAUUAGAUAUUAUUUAGGAAUGAUAAUUCUUCAAAAAGCUACGAAAAGUCAAUUAUAUCAACAUAGAAUCAUCAAAACAAUGGCGAAGAGAAAUCUCUACUUAUUUAAGGUACAUUUAAUAUGGGAGAUGGAAACCUCAAAUAAUUAGAAAUGGAUCUAAAAUAAGAAUUAAAAAAUAGAGGUCUCCUUAAAGUAGAAAUACAAUAAAGUGAUUUGAAAGAAAUAUUCCCAAAUUUAGAUAAAUAUUAAAGAGGAAAAAUUUAGUAGAAAGUACAAAGGAUAAAAGAGAGAUCAUAAAGAAUUUAAUAACAAGGUUUAAGUAACAUAUAAAUUUCAUCAAUUAAAGAUAGCAAUAAAGCAAGCUCUAUUGAGUAAAGUUCUAUUAGAAUAAUUGAAUAGUCUUAAGAAGCAGAUAACAGUUUUAAUGACAAAUAAUAACCUUAGCCUUUUAACCUAUCAAUAUUCUAAAAAUAAAAUCCAUUAAUAAAAUUAGAAAAUUAAAAUAGCAAAUAAAAUGGGAGCCUUCUGAAAUAAUACUCUUAACCAUUUUUACCUGCUAAAAUUCAAAAUAUAAAUUCUAUUGAUCCACCCCUUUUCUUACCUCAAAUAAAUAAAAAUUAAUCAACUCAUAGCAAUAUAUAAAUUGGGUAAUAUGGAACCGAUGAAAUAUCUUAACAUUCAAAGUAAAAUAGCUACUAAGUUAGCUAUAUUUCUAACACACCUAAUAGCAGGGAUAGCAGUUUAGGAUAUUUUUCAAAAGAUUCAAUCAAGGAAUUAAAUAUAAUCCAAUUAACAAAGUACAAGUCAUAACUUACUGAAAAUAGUGAAUAAGUAAAUUUGUCUUCAAGAUCCCAGAACAUAAGACAGUCAUUACCUUUAUCACAAAGUACAUCUUAAAAUGAGGCUUAAAGUAGCUUUUUGUAUAAUUUAGAAAAUACUAAAAGUGGUAAUUAUAGCUCUCGCAAAAAAGAAAACUCUUCUAAUCGAGUGUAUAUGAAGGAUGCAGUGAUUCAAACAUUUUAAGAUAGUUCUAAUUGCAAUAAAAGUAAUAAAUUAAAUUUUUCUGAUAAUUUUACAAACUGCUAAAAGAAGAAAGAAAGCAUAUCCCAAAAGUAGGUGAGCACUUCAGAGCAAGGAUAAUCAAUUCUUUAAAGAAUUAAUUAUCAAAGACCAAUAAUUUUCCAUAAUAUUCUAAAUAGAGAAAAAAAAACAUAUAAUUUAAAAAUCAUUAAAUGA